AUGACCGCUCCCUGGCGGCGCCUCCGGAGUCUGGUUUGGGAAUACUGGGCCGGGCUCCUCGUGUGCGCCUUUUGGAUCCCGGACUCGCGCGGGAUGCCCCACGUCAUCCGGAUCGGAGGAAUCUUUGAGUAUGCAGAUGGCCCCAACGCCCAGGUCAUGAACGCCGAGGAGCAUGCCUUUCGAUUUUCUGCCAACAUCAUCAACAGGAACAGGACUCUGCUGCCCAACACAACCUUGACCUAUGACAUCCAGAGGAUUCACUUCCACGAUAGCUUCGAAGCCACCAAGAAGGCCUGUGACCAGCUGGCACUGGGCGUGGUGGCAAUCUUCGGACCAUCCCAGGGCUCCUGCACCAACGCCGUCCAGUCCAUCUGCAAUGCCCUGGAGGUUCCCCACAUCCAGCUGCGCUGGAAGCACCACCCGCUGGACAACAAGGACACCUUCUACGUGAACCUCUACCCUGACUAUGCCUCUCUCAGCCACGCCAUCCUUGACCUGGUUCAGUACCUCAAGUGGCGGUCGGCCACCGUGGUCUAUGAUGACAGUACAGGGCUCAUCCGACUGCAGGAGCUCAUCAUGGCCCCAUCAAGAUACAACAUCCGCCUGAAGAUUCGCCAGCUGCCCCUGGACUCUGACGACUCGCGCCCCCUGCUCAAGGAGAUGAAGCGAGGCCGGGAAUUCCGCAUUAUCUUCGACUGCAGCCACACCAUGGCUGCCCAGAUCCUUAAGCAGGCCAUGGCCAUGGGCAUGAUGACCGAGUACUACCACUUCAUAUUCACCACUCUGGAUCUCUACGCAUUAGACCUGGAGCCCUACCGCUAUUCGGGGGUGAACCUGACAGGGUUCCGGAUUCUCAACGUGGACAACCCCCACGUCUCAGCCAUCGUGGAGAAGUGGUCCAUGGAGCGGUUGCAGGCAGCUCCCCGAGCAGAGUCUGGUCUGCUGGACGGAGUGAUGAUGACCGACGCUGCCUUGCUGUAUGACGCCGUCCACAUCGUGUCUGUGUGCUACCAGAGGGCACCCCAGAUGACCGUGAACUCCCUUCAGUGCCACCGGCACAAAGCUUGGCGCUUUGGCGGCCGCUUCAUGAAUUUCAUCAAGGAGGCUCAAUGGGAAGGAUUAACUGGACGGAUUGUUUUCAACAAAACCAGUGGCUUACGGACCGAUUUUGAUCUGGACAUCAUCAGUCUGAAGGAGGACGGCCUGGAGAAGGUUGGGGUGUGGAGUCCUGCCGAGGGGCUCAACAUCACAGAGGUCGCCAAAGGCCGAGGCCCUAACGUCACCGACUCUCUGACAAAUAGGUCACUCAUCGUCACCACAGUGCUGGAGGAGCCCUUUGUUAUGUUCCGGAAGUCCGACAGGACCUUGUUUGGGAAUGACCGGUUCGAGGGCUACUGCAUUGACCUGCUCAAGGAACUGGCCCACAUCCUGGGCUUCUCCUACGAGAUCCGGCUGGUGGAGGACGGCAAGUACGGGGCGCAGGACGACAAGGGCCAGUGGAACGGCAUGAUCAAGGAGCUCAUUGACCAUAAAGCAGAUCUGGCUGUGGCCCCCUUGACCAUCACCCACAUCCGCGAGAAGGCCAUUGACUUCUCCAAGCCCUUCAUGACACUCGGUGUGAGCAUCCUGUAUCGCAAGCCCAAUGGCACCAACCCCAGUGUCUUCUCCUUCCUCAACCCCCUGUCCCCAGACAUCUGGAUGUAUGUGCUCCUCGCCUACCUGGGUGUCAGCUGUGUCCUCUUCGUCAUUGCCAGGUUCAGCCCUUACGAGUGGUAUGAUGCUCACCCCUGCAACCCUGGCUCGGAGGUGGUGGAAAACAACUUCACUCUGCUAAAUAGCUUCUGGUUCGGAAUGGGCUCCCUGAUGCAGCAAGGGUCUGAACUGAUGCCCAAAGCCCUGUCCACGCGCAUCAUCGGUGGCAUCUGGUGGUUCUUCACGCUCAUCAUCAUCUCCUCCUACACGGCCAACCUAGCCGCCUUUCUGACCGUAGAGCGCAUGGAAUCGCCCAUCGACUCUGCUGACGACCUGGCCAAGCAAACCAAGAUCGAGUAUGGGGCUGUCAAGGAUGGGGCCACCAUGACCUUCUUCAAGAAAUCCAAGAUCUCCACCUUCGAGAAGAUGUGGGCCUUCAUGAGCAGCAAGCCCUCGGCGCUGGUCAAGAACAACGAGGAGGGCAUCCAGAGGACGCUGACGGCGGACUACGCGCUGCUCAUGGAGUCCACCACCAUUGAGUAUGUCACCCAGAGGAACUGCAACCUCACCCAGAUCGGAGGCCUCAUCGACUCCAAGGGCUACGGCAUCGGCACGCCCAUGGGCUCCCCGUACCGGGACAAGAUCACCAUCGCCAUCCUGCAGCUGCAGGAGGAGGACAAGCUGCACAUCAUGAAGGAGAAGUGGUGGCGGGGCAGUGGCUGUCCCGAGGAGGAGAACAAAGAGGCCAGCGCGCUGGGCAUCCAGAAGAUCGGGGGCAUCUUCAUCGUGCUGGCCGCCGGGCUGGUCCUGUCCGUGCUGGUGGCCGUGGGCGAGUUUGUGUACAAGCUCCGCAAAACAGCAGAGCGAGAGCAGCGUUCCUUCUGCAGCACUGUGGCCGACGAGAUCCGUUUCUCCCUCACCUGCCAGCGUCGGGUCAAGCACAAGCCGCAGCCUCCCAUGAUGGUCAAGACAGACGCCGUCAUCAACAUGCACACGUUCAAUGAUCGCCGGCUUCCGGGCAAGGACAGCAUGACCUGUAGCACAUCGCUGGCCCCCGUGUUCCCCUGAGCACUGGUAGGGUGGGCACCACCGGCCUGAGGGGCAGGGUGAAGGAAAACAAAGGAGACUGGAAGGAACGUCCCCUAUCCCCACACUGGGCUUGGGGACCAGAGCUGCUGCCUGCCUUUUGGGCCAGGAGCCCUCUGCCCUUACCUCCUGGGAAACCAGCAGGCCCCCAGGCCAGCUGCUUGGGCUUCACUUUCUUCCUAUUUCUUCUAUGGGUUCUAAAGCUGCCAGCCGAGACAGCCAAGGCCAAAGGAAGCACAUGCCUCUCUCAGGCCAAACUCACCUGCCCCUCAACUUUCCUCUACAGUCAGAAGUUUCUGCCACGGCCCUGCAGAGGCCAAAGAAAAUAGAAACCACUGUUUUAUUGCCACUCCUUCCCCAUGAGCCCUCCUGGGGCUAGACUGAGAGAGCAGAGACACAAACCCUGGGCAUCUUAAGGAUGGUACAGCUGGGCUGCCAGUGGGAGUGGAAGAUGGAGGACGGCCAUCCCCCAUGCCUGGGAAGACUUCCUCCCCGCAGGGCUGCUCAUGUGGUUCUGAACUCCUGGAUUUAGCACCACCCGUGGCAGCCUCUGUUUGGGCAAAGUUGAAGGCAGAGGCCUCCAUAGGGAAGAAGAGGAUUUGAGGUCUGGAAGAGAGAAGAAUGCACAGAGGCAGGAAUGCACCAUGUCCAGUGGCUCCUACUUCUCUGGAAGAGUGGGGGAGUAGUUGGAGAAAAUUAUUUUCCACUUUCUGGCCAGAGGAGAGAAGACCCCCCGAACCUCUCAAAAAGGAGGAUGCCCAGAGACUCAGCCAAUAGUUGAAGCCCAGAGGAACCGUGGAUUCCAUGGAGAUUCCACAGGCCCCUCAAGUCAUCGGAUCUUAUUUUGCUGGUUCCCAAGCUGUUUUUUAAACCCCGGUGGCAUUAGGGAGCUUGGGCUCUUUGCCACAUACUCAUCAGCAACUUCCUGUUCCUGGCCAGGUGGCCUUGAGACCCUCGGUCAUCUUGGAAGAAGAGUGGCCUAGAUUAAAGGGAAAGUCAAGUCAGGCCUCCUCAAAAGAGGGGUCCAGGUCCUACUGCACAGGCUAACUUUGGGGUAUAUGGGGAAAACUAGAGGGGCCCCAAAGAACUCCCAGCCUCCUGGACUUGCCAAACCUGAAGAUAACCCCCCAAAAUGAAAGGUUUUAGGGGCAGGAUAUCAUGGCUGGUAGAGGCCCUAAGGGUGGGAAGAGAGAAGCUGCCUCCUGGAGAAAUAACCAAAGAGCCCGUCCAGAGACACAAGGCAAUCCUGGCCCUGGUCUCUUGUCCAGAGCAGCUGGGACCUUGUGGGACUUGGGGGUCCAGCAGAGAAGUGGUAGCAGAUGGGGUACCAGGGAGGGGUACACCAGAUGGAUUCCAGCUAGCUGUGAUGCAUGCUCUAGAGGUCUGUGACUUUAAGAUUCUGGAAAAAGAAUGAGACACAGAAGGGUUAGGAGCAAAGUGUCCUUAAAGAGAAUGUGAUGGGGCCAGCAGGGCUUCCCACAGCCAAGGGCGGAGGGCGGUCUUUGAGCAGGGGAAGCAGACCACUGAUUCUGGACAACCCAGAAGCACCAGCCACCCCCUCCCACCUCUCUCCUAUUUCUGCUUGAGGAGCCUCACUGGGGAGGAGCUACAUUUAGGUCUCAAGGACCUUCUCAGCUGGGGUGAAGGGUAGUCUCGAGCUCCCCCAGGGACUUCCAAAGCAGGAGAGCACAGUGGACUCGUAUGACAAGUACUGUCCCUCCUGGGGACUGUGAGCUGCAGGACCAAACCAGCUGGUUCCCAGAAUCAGAGCAACUCUGCCUGGCUGUGUGCACUGGAGGUGGGAGAAGAGGCCAGACAUGCAGCACAGCUGACACAUGUAACGAUAGGAAAAGCCAUGUUGUCGUGAGCUUCUGGGUGCAGGAGUGUGUGUGUUCAUAAGUGUGAAUCUGUGUCUUGUAUGUGUGAGUUAGGGGGCUGGGGGAGAAGGACAGAUUUGGACAUAUCCAGAGUCCGGGGCAGGCAAUAAUAGGAGAACCCUUUUGGUUCUGCUGCAUGUAUGUGUACACAUGUGAGCAUGUGUGUGAAUUGAAAAUGAGGGGGACCACUCUGGACAAGCAGCAUAGCCCUAUAUGUGUAAAAACAGGAGAAGCCAUGUCAUAGUGGGGUUCUGGUGAGUAUAUGUAUAUAUACACGCAUGCACGAGUGUAUGUGUUUGUGCAUGCAUGUGCAUUUGUGCACCAAAUGGCAGAGGGUAGAGGACAGGAUAAAACCUGCAGCAUUGCCAAAUAUGUUUUAAAGGAGAAGCCAUGUCACCAAGGGGUCCAUGUGUGAGCACGUGUGCACAGGCAUGUGUGGGCCUGUGUGUGCAGCAGAGAGCAUGACAGAGGACAAACCCAGACAGACCUGCAGCGAGGUCAGUGCCUGUUGUAUGUGAGGAGCCAUGGGGAACUGGAGUUUGCGUAUGUGUGUAGGCUCACACGCGUGUUCAGUGCACACAUAUGUUCCAGCUCACUGCAGGAGCAGAGAUGGACAAUCAGGAAAGCAGGGAACCAGGGUCUGCUUGCACUGCUAUCACGGGGACAGAACUUUUGUCACAAAGAUUUGCUGAGAUUGUCUAGGCACAGACGCAGGGACACUGGCCAAGUGUGGGCGAAACUUCAGAGACUCGUGGCUGGUGACUCCUCUGCUCUAGGCGGAGUGCCGUGUUUGAAAGGAAAAAUGACAUAUUUUUGCAAUUUCCAGGUAACAGGAUUCUAAUGAAAGUAUUUGCCCAUUUGCUCUCAUCAACCACAGUAACCACUGUCUUUCUUCAUCCAAUAUAAUUUCUUUGCACAUGCCCACACCCAUGCUCAUAUCACACACACACGUGUGUGCCUCUAUGUAUAACACUCCAUGAACAUGUGUUCUGCUGAGGCUAUGCACAUAGACAGACUGUGAUGAGAGACAGAAAAGGCAGCGGCAUGGGCUUUCAUCAAAGGAGUGAAGAGUGGCGAAUAUCAGAGAUGCAAUUGAGUUAGAGAAGUCCCCCAAAGGCACUGAAAUGAUUUUUUGGGCUCCAAAAUGGAAGUGGGAUGACACGCUGCCUGAUCUUCCCUCCCGCUUGAGCCUUAUGUCCAUAUGUGUGGCUAAUGUUCAACUUCUGGCUGACGUCCUGUGUUUGUCUUCGAGACCAGCCCAAGGUGCAGAGUGCAGUGGGAACGACUUCUGCCCAGGUGUGAGCUGUGUCUGUCCCAGGUACUGAAGGUUCUGCUACAUCUGGGGGGUGGGGGUUGGAAAAGUGUUCCCAGCAAGGAGGAUCAUGUGGAAUCCAAGUUUGGGCCCGCCUGCCAGCGGGUGUGGACUGUGCUCCAGCGGGUGUACCCAGAUGCGUGCACAGAGGCACCUGAGGUCCGGGGUUGAGAGUGAUGGGGAGUGUAAACGCUGGUUUGGAUGGAGCAGAAGAUGGGAGUUGCCUGAGCAGGUGCUAGACUGUCCCUGUCUGGCCCUACAGAGUGCCCCCACCUUCCACCCCCAUCUCCCACCUCAAAAUGCCAGUGCCUCCUCUCAACGCGCUCAGACCAGCCAAGCUGAGGGGCAGCAGUGAGGAGAAACACACCCGCCAAGACUCUUGGGCUUUGGGACAACGAGCCCUCCUUCUCUCUCUCCCCCUGACCUGUUACUGGUCUUCCUGCUGUGGCUGCUCAGACCCCCAGCACAGCCAAGACACUGCCUCAAGUAGCGGAGCACCAUGGCUCACCCCGGGUGCU